AUGAAGAGAUCGAGCUCUCUUGCUGGCGCGGUGUCUCCGCCGCCGCUCAAACGCAAGGUCGAGUCAACUGCUACAAAAUCGUCUGUCGCCUCAUUCUUCACCCCGACAUCACAGAAAAAGCCCGAAAAAGUGUCAUGGCGGAUCGUCAACAAAAGCCUCAUUGUCGGUAAAUACGCCAGCGAUCCCAGCGCAAGCGAGAAACUCGACUCGACUCGACGACGCAGAGUGGCGGCAUUUGACUUUGACUCAACUCUUAUAUCGACGGCUUCGGGUAACCGGUUUGCGAGAGAUGCUGCGGAUUGGAAGUGGUGGAAUGGCAAGGUUCCGGAAAGACUAAAACAGUUGAAUUCAGAGGGAUACCAAGUCGUCGUCCUCUCCAACCAAAAGAAAAUCAGCCUCCAGACAGAAAUCAAGGGCGGACGAACCGAGUCCAAAAGCCUGACAACAUUCAAAGAAAAAGCCCUGGCCGUUAUGCGCCAACUCGACAUCCCGCUCAGCAUAUAUGCAGCUACGCAGGCCGACGAGUACCGGAAACCCAGAACGGGAAUGUGGAAGGAGUUGGUGGACGACUACGAUCUCGAUCUUGACGACCGGUUGGAUCUUAAAGGGUCUUUUUUUGUGGGUGAUGCAGCUGGGCGGCCAGCUGAUCACUCGUGUUCUGAUCGCGACUUUGCAGAGAAUGCCGGUCUUGAUUUCAAGACGCCAGAGGAGUUCUUCCUUGGUGCAAAGCCGGAGCAAGUGAUACGAAAGUUUGAUCCUACGUCGUACAUCAACGGCGACCCUGAUGCUGCAGUCACACCCACCUUCUCGAAACUGCAUCCACUCGAACUGGUCAUCUUCUGCGGCAGCCCGGGUGCCGGCAAGUCGACAUUCUAUUGGAAAUAUCUCCAGCCGUUGGGAUACGAGCGAGUGAACCAGGACAUUCUCAAAUCGCGUCCAAAAUGCAUCAAAGUCGCCAAAGAGCACCUAGCCGCUGAGAAGUCUGUCGUCGUUGACAACACAAACGCCGGCGCCGAAACACGUGCAUACUGGACGCAAAUCGCACAGGAAUUCAAAAUCCCUAUCCGCUGCAUCUACUUUACAUCACCGCCGGCGCUGUGCAAACACAACGAUGCUGUGCGCGCUGCAAAUCCUCUUUUAAACCCCGAAUCACGAACUAGUCUGCCCGGUAUCGCGUUUGGCGAUUUCGCGCGGAGGUUUCAGGAACCCCAGCUCUCGGAAGGGUUCGAGGAUAUCACAAAGGUGGAUUUUACAUUUCAGGGGGGUGAUGAGGCUAAGAAUGUGUGGUCGCGGUUUUGGGUUUAA